AUGAGUAGUUCAGAAGAGGUGUCCUGGAUCAGCUGGUUCUGUGGAUUAAGAGGCAAUGAAUUCUUCUGUGAGGUAGAUGAAGAUUACAUUCAAGAUAAAUUCAACUUGACUGGACUGAAUGAACAGGUUCCACAUUAUAGACAGGCACUGGAUAUGAUUCUGGAUCUAGAGCCUGAUGAGGAACUAGAAGAUAAUCCCAAUCAGAGUGAUCUCAUUGAACAAGCUGCAGAGAUGCUUUAUGGGCUGAUCCACGCUCGCUAUAUAUUGACUAACCGCGGUAUUGCCCAAAUGUUGGAGAAGUAUCAGCAGGGAGACUUUGGCUAUUGUCCCCGUGUUUACUGUGAGAACCAGCCCAUGCUGCCAAUCGGUCUCUCCGACAUUCCCGGUGAAGCUAUGGUAAAGCUGUAUUGCCCCAAAUGUAUGGACGUUUACACCCCCAAGUCCUCCCGCCAUCAUCACACAGAUGGAGCAUAUUUUGGCACUGGGUUCCCUCAUAUGCUCUUUAUGGUUCACCCAGAGUAUCGACCCAAGAGACCUGCCAAUCAGUUUGUUCCUAGGUUAUAUGGCUUCAAAAUCCACCCAAUGGCAUACCAGCUUCAGCUUCAGGCAGCCAGUAACUUCAAAAGUCCUGUGAAGACCAUGCGUUGA